AUGGUAAAUUUCAUAAAAAAAUCCUUAGCUUGUUUAGUCGCAGUAUUAUUGCUCAAUGGUGUAUCGGCUGCCCCGUCAAAGGGAAAAAAUGUUUGUCGAUCAUUUACGGAUGAUUUUAAUACUAACCGGAUCGUAGAAUUUAACAAAUAUAAUAAGAAUCCUUCUUCUGCCAAUUGGAUCAAUCUUAGUGGAAGUCGAAAUUCUUAUGAAGUAAAGAAUGGUCAACUUUUCGCUAGCCUCCUUAAACCAGCAAAUAUGAAUCGUCAAAAGAGUCCUGAUGGUCCAUUUAAUAAAAAUUUAGGUGCGGGAGUUAGUUUAAAUUCUACUCGUAAAAUGCAUUUCGGAAAAAUUACUGCAAGAAUGAAGAUUAAUGGAGUUGGUGGUUGCGUUACCGCUUUCAUUACGAUGUCAGAUAAUGGGGAUGAAAUCGAUUGGGAAAUGGUUGGUAAAGACACCAAGAACGUUCAAUCAAAUUAUUACUUUGAUGGAAUUAUUGAAUAUGGGGUCCAUGGUGGAAUUCAUCCCGUUUCCCCCGCUUUCACUGAUGGUUUUCAUACUUAUACCAUUGAUUGGCAACCAGAAUUCAUCAAGUGGUCAAUUGAUGGUAAACUUGUUCGAACGUUGAAAAAAUCUGAUACAUUUAAAGACGGUCGAUUCCAAUUUCCAAAUAGUCCAAGUCAUGUACAAUUUGGUAUUUGGGAUGGUAGUGGUGCACCUGGUACUGCCCAAUGGGCUAACGGUCCAAUUGACUGGAACAAACAUAAAAAAUUAACUACCGUCAUUGAUUUUAUCAAGAUUGAAUGUAACCGUGAACAUAACACGAUUAUCAAUUAA